AUAUCUACACAUAUGACUUCUACUUAUUUUUGAUACAAAUGGAACCCCAUACCACUUAAGAAACUUUUAAGAUCUUUGUGAGAGCGGUGUGCAAGGGAUGGGACAUGGAAAGAAUUAUUGCUACAGAUGUUAGUGUUAAAGAAAUAUAAAACAGUAGCUGAUCUUGCUAUGAUUUAGCGUUUUGUCCUACACCCUCCGAUGAGGUAGGUGGCGGUAUGACCCUCUAGCGGGUAUAAGAAAAGCAUUAGUCCUUGUGUGACCUCAGGUUCGCGGGUUUCCAUCCAGCCAGUCUGUAAUGGCCCAGCUGCUCCCGAAGAAGCUUUACUGUCUUCACAGCUCGGUGAAACGCUGUAUAUUUCCUUGCAUAUCACUCGCAGGUUCCCAGCCAGUGUCCCCAGCUGUCCCGACUUCCUUCCUCCACAGUCACGGAGCUCAGCUGAGCUCCAACCGGACGUCGUUGGUCCGCUGCGGGCGGCAGAAGUAUGAGCGGCAGUACCCGGUGCUCCUGGUCCGCCCGGACGGCUCCACUGUUAGCAUCAGAUACCAGGAGCCCAGGCGGCUUCUCCUGAUGCCUGUAAACCUGUCGACUCUGUCUGAAGAGGAGCGCCGCUCUCGCCAGAAGAGGAGGGAAGUGAAGAAGACCAAAACACAGACAGUAGAUCUGUAUGAAGAUGACUUUAAGGUGGACAGCUACAGCCACUUGUGGAAAAAGAAAUGACUCCUGUAUUCACUGAUGUAAAAUUAGACUAAAUAGUUAGAACUGUAAAAACGAUGUGUUUAUGUUGUGGCAGUAUUUGGCAGAACUACUACCACCUAGUGUCCUGAUUCGGAUGGCAGUGUGUGGCAUCUAUCUGGAACAUGUAAAGCUGAUCUGUUUGAUAUUCUCUGGCAUGCUGGUGAUCAUCAGGUUACCAUAGCAGCAGGUUGUACUGAGCCAUGCUGGUGGUAGCAUUCCAACAUUUCCAGCUCCAGGAGUCACUGUAGUAGCUAUAGAUCCUCCUUCAGACAUCACAUCAACCAGUUUUAUACUACAUGAUGAUAAAUACAUUACAUACCACUAUCAUUUCAUUUAAUAUCUAUAAAAUUAAGUCAAAACCUUGUGAUGAAAUGUUCCACAUGUAUGAGCUGAUUAAAGGACUAAAUCCUUACUGUAUUCAAUUUAAAUAAAAAAACCCUGUACUGAUCCCAAAGGGAAA